ACAGCCAAAAUGGAACCUUACAACGGUAUCAAAAAUGCGCACGGCUUUCCCAAACCAUACACUGUAAGAUCGAACUAAUUCGAGUUAGGAAAACAUGCGUUUCUGCGUUUAUAAAUACACAAACGCAAUAUCUUCACCGGAAGAUGAUAGAUGUCGAUGGACUUAUGCGUUCAGAAAAAAAAGAGGAAUGAGAGGAAAUGAUUCAUUCUGUGAACUAAAUUGAAGGAGAAAGGACGUGUUUGCCAUAUUAUCAGACACGUUCACGACAUGGCGCAGUUGGUCGAUAAGUCGUUGGGGGAAAGCAAGACUAAGAAAAAAGCUAAGAAGAAUUUGUUGUCUAGAGAACUAGCAGAAGAAAAGGCUAGGAAUGCAUUGCUCUUGGACGAAUUGGAAAAGAGUCGUAUGCAAAACGCGGAACUUCUCGCAGGAUUAAAUGUCUCAUCGGCGGCAAAUAUCAAUCCUGUUGAUAACGCCGCAAUUGAUUUUGAUUAUGGAAAUAGACUCUGCAGUACACAGCACGUAACCACCCCACCGAGUUUGGAUGAGUCACGAUUUUUGUCAUCCAUGAACCAGCUUUCCGUUGCAUCCAUCAACGUACCGGAAUGCAAACCUAUUGAUGAUGAUGAUGAUAUACAUAGACAGUCAUUCGAGUCAUGGAAGGAUUUGCUUAUCGAUUGCAUGAAGUUGGCGGGAAUAGAUGACGAGUUUACGAAAUUUACGGUGUUUAAAGUGAAAGCCGGGGCUCGCCUGCUAGAGUUAUUCCGGAACACAAAAUCACAAGCAGAUGAUCCGGACCCGGACAUCAAACCCUUUUCAAAUGCUAUGCACAGGCUCAAAUCCUACUUCGGAUCAGGCUCCGAUGUAAUGUUGAUGAGACGCAAACUAGCACUAAUGAGUCAGAAGCCAAUUGAGUCUGACCUGACGUUUAUCACUAGAGUUGGUUCUACUGCUCGCCUUUGUGAGUUUGACGAAACGAAGGAAUUCGAAGAAAUAGUUGCCACGGUUGCCGAACACGCUAGAAACAGGGAUGUAAGAACAGCGGCAUUAAAAAUGCUCAGCCGCAAGGGAUGCUUUACAGAUCUCGUAGAUAAAGUACGUGAAAUCGAAGCUAUAAGGCUGAAUGAAGAAUUUGUUAUGAGAAAACAUGGCAAAAAUGAACAAACACAAGUCGCGUAUGUCACUGAUUCAAGGCAAGUGAACCGCCGACGAUUUCCAGAACCGUAUGAAAUGCGCAGACACAAUUAUCGCAGUGCUCCAAUGUCAAGAGAUCGACGGUCUCCGCAAGGCAGAUGGGUUAACAGGAACUCGGGGUCUAUCCGUCCUUCCCGCGCUAUGAAAUGUUGGCGAUGUAAUAGCGUGUUCCACACAGCAGACGUUUGUAACGCCAGGGACAAAACGUGCAACAACUGCGGUCGAAUGGGACAUAUCCGACGUGCAUGCCGCGCUCAGGAAUCAAUUCCGACACCAAAACGUACAUCAGAUGACCAACUGGAAUCUAUUCCGAAGAUAGCUGCUAUCGAGAAGGAAGAAACCAAUCACGAAGUUGAGGAAAAUGUGAGUGAAGUACUUAUUAAUUAAUAUUGCGAUACAAUGUAUCGAGUUAAUAUAAACCAUGAAUUUAAAUAUAUUAUUUUGAGAGAAAUAAAUAGAGGCUGGAUUCAUUAUUAAAAAAAAAAAAAAAAACAUGUUUCAAUCGAAGUAAUGCUUGAAUACUAUACAGGUACAAAUUAAUAUUGACCAACGAGAAGCACGCAUGCUAUGCAAUCAAAUUUAUCCGAAGAUUCGAACAGAGACUGACUCAGAUGCAAAUGCGUGUGUCGAUUCUUCUAUUUGUCCAAAGAGUAAUGUUACAAAUGCUGCUAGCUACGAUCCGAAGAUAAAGACCGAUAUCAGUUUCCAUCCAGUCGGACGAGUGAGUAACAAUAUAUGCUUUAGGCAAAUUGAUUCUUUAAAGUUUGUUCUUAUGCAUUUAGGUUCAGACUCCAUCUUCAGAACCGAGAAAUAUGGAUGGAACUAUUAUAGCUGAAGUUGCGGGAAUGCGAUGCAUUUUCUUGAUCGAUUCAGGGGCACAAGUGAACACGUUCACCAAAGAUAUGUUUCGUAAACUAAUUAACGAUUCAAGAUAUAGCAGUGGUUUGUUGAACAUUCAAUACAAAGCCGAUAGACCGCUUAAAGCAUACGCUAGCGGUGAAAUUGCAGUAAUAGCAACAUUUGAUGCAAAGUUGUACAUAUCGAACGAUCGACCCACAUUUCUUGAGAAGUUCUAUGUUGUCAAUGAGGUACGAGCACUCCUGAGCAGAUCCACUGCCACAAGAUACAGCGUCUUAUUAUUGGGUCUAAAAGUACCUAUUCAGCAUGAUAAUUGGGAAGAUCAACAAUUAUAUGCUGGGGAGGUCGCGUCGAUUGGAAUAAGUGGGAUAUUUCCAAAAUUUAACGUUCCCCCUGUAAAGAUAUAUUAUGAUAAAACCAAACCACCGUGCAGAAACAUAUUUCUGAACAUUCCGUUGGCAGUGAAACCUCUGGUGGAAGAACGGUUACAGGCCCUUGUUGUGGCAAAUAUCAUCGAACCUGUGAAGGACGGUAUGGAUACGUCAUUCUGUUCUUCCAUGUUGGUGGUACCCAAAGGAAAAGAUGACAUCAGAAUGGUUAUUGAUUUGAGGGGUCCAAACCAAUACAUACAUCGUACGCCAUUUUCAAUGCCAACUUUGGAAAGGAUUCUAGCCGAAUUAGAUGGAGCUCAGUGGUUCUCGACGAUUGACUUGGAAAACGCAUUUUUUCAUAUAGAACUGGAUGAGGACUCGAGACACCUUACUAAUUUCUUCACAGAAUAUGGAAUGUUUAGGUGUGUUCGGCUUCCAUUUGGUUUAUGCAACGCGCCAGACAUAUUCCAAGAAACUCUACAAAGAAAAGUUUUAGGAGGUUGCAA